AAAAUCUCACGAGUCGCGCGCUUCCUCUUUCGAAAUCCCUAGACUCCUGCUCAUCCGCCCAGCUAACGGUCCGGAUCUGGUCUUCAUACCCCAAAACUUGCUCGAUCUUUAACAUCUACCUUUACAUCCUCAUUAUAUAACCCCCCUCCCCCUCGCAUUCGGAGUUUCUCAUUUUGUUAUUCUCUCUUGACUCUCAUUUUCCCUGAGCCGAAACCCCCGCUGCUUCUCGCUUUCUGCUUUCUUUGCUGUCAUCUCGCUUUGAUCUCUCUCCGAGAAGAGCAAAAAUGUCUACGGAAAAGGAGAGAGAGACCCAGGUUUACUUGGCCAAGCUCGCCGAACAGGCCGAGCGUUAUGAAGUUACAUUACAGGAGUGAUCUCUAUCUGAAAUUUCAUAUUUGGAUGAUGGCACAGAAAUGGUCGAGUGUAUGAAAAUGGUUGCAAAACUUGAUCUUGAGCUGACUGUGGAGGAAAGGAAUCUCCUAUCUGUGGGAUACAAAAAUGUCAUUGGUGCUCGCCGAGCUUCUUGGCGCAUUAUGUCAUCCAUCGAGCAAAAGGAGGAGUCCAAGGGAAACGAGCACAACGUUAAACUUAUUAAGGGUUACCGCCAGAAGGUUGAGGAGGAGCUCUGCAAGAUUUGCAGCGACAUUCUUGCUAUCAUUGACAAGCACCUGAUUCCCUCUUCCACUUCUGGAGAAGCCACGGUUUUUUACUACAAAAUGAAAGGUGACUAUUAUCGCUAUCUUGCCGAGUUCAAGACUGACCAGGAAAGAAAAGAGGCGGCUGAAGAGUCGUUGAAGGGAUACGAGGCUGCUUCAGCCACUGCAAACACCGAUCUUCCAUCAACCCAUCCAAUUCGUCUUGGUCUAGCUCUCAAUUUCUCUGUCUUCUACUAUGAGAUAAUGAAUUCUCCUGAGAGGGCCUGCCAUUUGGCUAAGCAAGCUUUUGAUGAGGCAAUUGCAGAGCUGGACACCUUGAGUGAGGAAUCAUACAAGGACAGUACCCUAAUCAUGCAGUUGUUGAGAGACAACCUCACUCUUUGGACCUCUGAUUUGCCUGAAGAUGGAGGUGAAGACAACCUCAAAGGCGAAGAGUCCAAACCUACUGAAGCUGAGCAUUGACGGGGGAUGGCAGCCGGCAGGCACCUGAGAGAGAGAGAGAGAGAGAGAGAGAGAGAGAGCCCCUGUGCACGUAGCAGCUGCAUAAUAUAUCAUUCUACUUCGUAAGGGUGGCUGGCGUCUUUGGUUUUCUCGCAAGAGGAUUGGACUAUGCAAUUUGGACAUAUUAUUAAUUUUGUUGAUCUUUUUGGCCACAAUCAAAGCCAUAAAGAUCAAUCACUUCUCUGACUUUUUAAUUUUUCAAUUAUUUUUCUUUUUCAUUUUUUUCCUCUUAUUUUGGCUUUUCAUCGAGGCGUGUUAUUUAAGCGAUGGAUAUUUUUUA